AUGAAGUUCCAAGCCGAUGACGGCACUAUCGGCACAAUACACAGAGACCGGAAAGUCGCGGUAGAGUAUGAGAACACCAGCUCGACCCUCCGCAAGAGAUCCCGAGAUGCGGCAGGCAUCUUCCUCGCCGACCUCGAUGCACGCCAAGACCAAAGUCCGCGCAGAACCGUGCGAGAAAACGACAAAGAGGCAGAGUGGGACCUUGCAGACAAGGAAGUGAUGAUGGAUCAUUCUGAACAAAUUAAGAUAUGUGUUGGAUAUUACUGGAUUAUGAGAAUGCAAUUUGACACGUUAAUGCUGCUUUUUUUAGUCAAUCUAUAUAUGUAUAUUAGGAAUAGAAGGCGGGGUCAUUCUUCGAUUGGUCGAAGAGUGAACACAUUGCCACUAAAGAGAGAUGCAUUAGAUAAUAUCAUUGGGGAGGGUGGAGAUAGAAAUUGCAUAUGGGAGUUAAGAAUGAGUUUGAAUGCAUUUGCAACUUUAUGUGAAUUGCUACAAGUUCAAGGUGGAUUAGACGAAGAUGGUCAUGUUGGCAUAGACGAGCAAGUAGCUACUUUCUUAAUCAUAUUAGCUCACCAUACCAAAAAUCGCAGCGUACAGGUUAGGUUCUAUAGGUCUGGUGAAACUAUUAGUAGGUAUUUUCACAAGGUAUUGCGUUCGAUUUUGUGUGUCCAAAGUAUCUUAUUUGCAAAGGCAGACCCUGUACCGAAAGAUUGUGGUUAUCUAGGAGAAUUAGAUGGAACUUACAUAGAUGUCACAGUCCCGAAGAGUGAUAAAUCUAUAUAUCGAACGAGGAAAUCUAGAAUAUCCACCAAUGUCUUAAGAGUUUGCAAUCGGAACAUGAAUUUCGUCUAUGUCCUUAGCAGUUGGGAAGGAUCGGCAUCUGAUUCAAGGGUACUUAGGGAUGCUAUUACUCGACAUAAUGGCUUGAAAAUACCUAUUGGGUGUUAUUACUUAGUGGAUGCCGGCUAUACCAAUGGCAGAGGAUUUUUAUCUCCUUAUAGAAAUGUUCGCUAUCAUGUGAAUGAGUGGGUUCAAGGUCAUCGGGCACCACAAAAUCGUCUAGAAUUAUUUAAUAAGAAGCACUCUUCAGCUAGAAAUGUGAUUGAGCGGUGAUUUGGGUUGCUUAAGAAAAGAUGGAGAAUUCUACGAAGUCCCUCGUUCUAUCCUAUUAGAGUUCAAAGCCACAUUAUUAUUGCUUGUUGUUUGUUACAAAACUUUAUUCGUAUGAACAUGGAUGUUGAUCCCGAAGAAGAUGCAACUCUUGCGCCAAAACACAUACCCAUUGGAGAUGAUACUAUUGUUGAUGAAGGUGAAACAAUUGAUGUUGUGGAAAGUAGCCAUGAGUGGACUCAAUGGCGUGAGGACCUAGCAACCGAGAUGUGGGAAAUAUGGAGGGGAGAACGUGGCGAGUAGAAUUUUUAUCUUUGCUGGUUUUGUUAUGUUUGCAAUUGGCCUAGCCUAUAAAUUAUUGUAUUUGAAUUCAUUUCAGUUUUUUUCUUUGUGCAAUAUGUAUUUGCCAACUCGGAUUCAUAAUUUGUAUUUCAAUUAAACAUAUAAUUA